AUGGCGAGACGAAUAUUCACGUCGCUGGCAUUUCAACUCCUGGUGGUAUUAAUAUCACUUCUGUGUUUUUAUGAUACGCCUGUUGAGGCACAAUCGGACACGGACGGAUAUAGGUCAACAGUGUUCGAUCCGAAAUAUAUCCCUUAUCAAGAGCUUUUGAUAACACCCAAGACUCAUGCAGGGCUAUUUAGCUUCACCGGGAGAUGGCGUCGAAGACGUGAUACAUAUACUGCCUCGAGAUGGCCGGGUACAUACCUUACAGUCCUAGUCUACGGUGACACUUGUAUUCUCAAGCUACGUCCAAAGCCGCAAGGGAAAAUAGACGAUUACAGCUUCUAUGUCUCUGUCGACGGAUCUGAAGACCUGCUCUACACUCUCCCAACCUUUGAUUCAUUAGACAGGGACCGGGAAGUCAUCUUCGUCCCGAUCACCAUUCCUGGCAAAGGGAAAAACCAGAAGAAGGGGAAGCAGAGUACCCUGGACCCCCAUACUGUCAGAAUCAUUAGUAUCGCGGAUCAUCCAUUUUCUUUUGAAGGAUUUUUGGUCGCGAAUACGCUGGUACGACAAGGACAGCUUUGGACAGAUGGACAGGAUGAUCGAGUAUACGUUGAAUUUAUCGGAGAGGGUGUUGACGCGGAGGUUUAUGGCGGGUUGCUAGGAUACGACCACGAUAAUUCUGGAGGAGGGGUCGGAGACGAUGGAGGCGCACAUGCCGUGAGACAGGUUGUAAAGAAUGGCGUGUCAGUUGUUAACUCGACACAAUUCAGGGCAGCCGAGAUAUUGGGGAUCAGACACGCACACGCUGAUGCCGGAUCUUGUUUUUUGUCGAAGUGUGACCCUAGAGAUCCCUUGCCUGGAUUGAAGGAUCAGUAUUUCAACGAAAAUCCUAUACCGACGCAGGUUAGAGCCGAGGAGUUGGGAAAGCUUUCGAAGCAGUUCCAAGAUAUGCUACAAAAGGAGUUGCAAUUCUUUAAGGAAGACCCAUGGCUGAAGCAGGUUGGCCCACAGAUGCUAAUCGUGGAUGUUGGUGAGAGGGACUUCUUGAGACUCGAGGAGCCUGUGGAUGCCGAGAAGUUUAAGAGAGAACUGAUGGUUUUCUUGGGACGUCUUAGAGAGUCUGCAAGGCCGGACGCCCACAUCAUUGUUGUCGGUCGGGAUUGGGAGAAUGCAGACCCUGAUGCGCCAAAAACAACAUUCCGAAGCGUUGUUCCACAGACGAGUGAGAUGAAGGCGAGGAGGAUGAAGCUUUUUCAGGUUACAAAGGAGGCUGCCACUAAGAUCCACGCCGAAGAUAAAAACCUUGUGUUUGCCAUCAUAGAACCCAGCAAUUCGCCCAAGCGUGAUCUCAUCGACCUCCUCUGCACUUUCGUCAUUCCUGUUUUCCACCCUGCCCCGAAAUCCGUCAACCCGCUCGCCAAGAAGCCGCAACCCAACAAGCAACAAAGUCUCUGCAUUUCCAUUGGAAACACGAAACACCUAUAUCCAGAUCUCUCAGAGGAAGCGUUUACUGAAGGAGAUGAUCACGAACACCUACCGCUUUCUUCUACGGAAAUUAAUGUGGAAGAGCACACUGCACCUCAUGAAACGGCACAUGGAACUAGAUUUAUUUUUCUUUAUGCUGUUGUGCUCGUUGGAUUUUGCGUCGGACUUGCAUAUCUGCUUGCCCGCCCGUUCUUGAUGGUUCUGACAAAUUUGGGAAUCGUUCAAGGUAAUAGACGGGUAUACGGAGUUAGAGAUAUGGAGACCGGAAUGGGCUUCGGAUUCGGUAGAACAGGACGAGGCCGCUUUGCAAAAGAGAAGAACAGCAUCAGUGUGGCAAGGAGUAAUAGUGGCAGUGAAGAAGAGGGAUUUGUUGUCCUAGCUGGCGGAGGGAGCCAGAGUUUAGGGGGUAGGAGGAAAGGUGGGUCGAAAUGA